AUGAAUACAUUUGAGUUUCUUAACCCAUCAAAAUUAAAAAAUUCUGUGGAAUCAAGCAUAAUCAAGUCCUCGUAUGAUUUUGUAUUAAAAUACAAAUCUGACAUCAAUUCAGACUUUACCAGACAAGUUUUAUCAAUUACAACACUAAUUGGUCCAGAACAAUCUGAUAUCAGAGACUUAAUAAACUUCAUUAUUCAAAAUGAUAUGGCUUGUAGUUUUCCAGAUGUUUUAACUGCAUGUUUAAUAUUUCUUACAAUCCCAGUAACUGUGGCCUCGGCUGAGAGGUCAUUUUCAAAAUUGAAACUCAUUAAAAACUAUUUGAGAAACUCAAUGUCUCAAAAUAGACUUAGUAAUAUUGCUAUUCUAAAUAUAGAAAGAAGUAGAACUGAUGAACUAGAUAUAGAAAAAAUAAUUGAUAAUUUCGCUAAUGCUAAAGCAAGAAAAAAAAAUUUUUUGUGUUAA